CUUUUUGGCACUCCCCAGCGGGGGAUUGGUGCUGAAAGACUUCAUUGUGUCGGGGAUUGAAUGAGGGAGUUUGCGUUUUGUCGAAGUCCGUCUGUUAUCGUCCACACAGCGCGGACUAACUGCUCUGCCCGAGUCCGAGCCAUGCGCGUUAUCAUGCCGCAAACCUCCAGCGGUGCAUUUAUUGUGCAUGAUACAGAUAAAUGCGCCCAGCUUCAGAGCCGCUGCCGCUGAGUGAACGAUGCUCAACAGCUUCUAAAAAUGAACGGAGGGCCCGACAGAUACGGAUUAACAAUGUAGGGAUGCUAUUCAUCUGAUACAGAGCUCUGCGGGUUUGCAUCGAUGGAGAGGGUGUCUGGUCACCUAUAAAAAGCCUGCACUUCCUUUUUGAUAGAUUUUUUCUUGAUUACAUUUUGGUGCCGAGGACGUUUUUCCAAAGGGUUUACCGUCGCUGGGCAUCAGACAAAACAUGGGGAACGCAGAAAGUAUGGAUGCUCAUCUCACAGAUUUCAGGGCGAGGGGCAGCAAACCCCCUAAACUGCCCAUGCCGGACCCGGCCGAACUGGAGGAAAGAUUUGCCAUCGCACUGAACUCUAUGAACCUUCCUCCGGAUAAAGUGAGGCUCCUUAGACAGUAUGACAAUGAAAAAAAAUGGGAGCUGAUAUGUGAUCAGGAACGAUUCCAAGUGAAGAAUCCUCCCCAUACAUACAUCCAGAAGCUCAGAAGCUUUCUGGACCCUGCCGCCACCAGGAAGAAAUUUAGAAGGCGAGUUCAAGAGUCAACUCAGGUGCUCAGAGAGCUGGAGAUAUCUCUUAGGACCAAUCACAUCGGGUGGGUGAGAGAAUUUCUCAAUGAGGAAAAUAAAGGGCUUGAUGUUCUUGUGGAGUACCUGUCUUUUGCCCAGUAUGCUGUCACGUUUGAUGGAGAUGUAACAGAGAGCACCACAGGUGAGACUUCUGUAGAGACCCCUUGGAGCAGGUCUAUAGAAGAUCUCCAUGGCGACAGCAAUCUACCAUCACCGGUCAGCGGCUGCAGCAUACCACGAUCCACACGGCACUCCAUUAGGUCUAAUACUUUGCCCAGUCGCAGAACUCUGAAGAAUUCACGUCUAGUGUGUAAAAAAGAUGACGUUCAUGUCUGCAUCAUGUGUCUCAGAGCUAUUAUGAACUACCAGUAUGGCUUCAACAUGGUUAUGUCGCAUCCCCAUGCUGUAAAUGAAAUUGCUCUGAGCCUUAACAACAAAAACCCCAGGACCAAAGCACUGGUUUUGGAGCUGUUGGCUGCUGUGUGUUUGGUCAGAGGAGGACACGAGAUCAUCCUGGCUGCUUUUGACCAUUUCAAAGAGGUCUGUUCAGAAUCCCAAAGAUUUGAGAAAUUGAUGGAACACUUCAAAAAUGAAGACAACAAUAUUGAUUUCAUGGUGGCGUGCAUGCAGUUCAUCAAUAUUGUGGUGCACUCAGUAGAGGACAUGAACUUCAGAGUUCAUCUCCAGUAUGACUUCACUAAGCUCGCUUUGGAUGACUAUCUGGAGAGGCUGAAGCACACUGAAAGUGAUAAACUCAAAGUGCAAAUCCAGGCUUACUUAGAUAACCUGUUUGACGUGGGGACGCUUCUAGAGGACGCAGAGACCAAAAACGCUGCCUUGGAACGUGUGGAGGAACUGGAAGAGAAUCUCUCCCAUAUGAAUGACAAACUCUUAGAAACAGAGAAUGAGGCCAUGUCUAAAAUCGUGGAACUUGAGAAGCAGUUGAUGCAGAAGAACAAAGAGUUGGAUGCCGUUCGGGCUGUGUACCGGGACACCAGCUCACAAGUUCACACACUUCGCCGGAUAGUUCGUGAGAAGGAUGAGACCAUUCAGAGGCAGUCCACUCUGGAGAAGAAGAUCCAUGAGCUUGAGCGCCGAGGCAGUCUCCAGAUCCAGGUGAGGGGCGAGGGAGAUGGGGAAGGAGACGUGUCUCCGCUGCCGUCACCUCCUCAGCCCAUGGCUCUUUCCCCUUGCCCUGAUGCCAUGGCUCUGGCUGGAGCCUGUGCUGGAGCAUCGUACAGCUCUGGCAGCACAUCCCAGACUGGCACUCUUCGAGCAAUGGUCACACCACCUCCUCCUCCCCCUCCACCACCUCCAGUGGCAAGUUCCUCUGUUCCCAACGGGCCAUCGGCAGCUCUCGCUCCUCCACCACUGCUGCCGCCUCCCCCACCACCUCCUCCUCCUCCCCCACCUCCACCUCCUGGGCACUCUAUUGAGAUCUCUGCUCCUUUACCCCCACCUCCUCCUCCUUGUGCUCCUCCUCUCCCAGGAAGCGGCACGCCAACUGUCAUAUUCAAUUCUGGCUUGACAGAUGGACCAAUCAAGCUCUUCUCCGUGAAAAUUAAAAAGCCAAUCAAAACCAAGUUCCGCAUGCCAGUGUUCAAUUGGGUGGCUCUGAAACCAAAUCAGAUCAAUGGCACCGUCUUCAAUGAAAUCGAUGAUGAGAGGAUCUUAGAGGAUUUAAAUGUGGAUGAGUUUGAAGAAAUGUUCAAGACCAAAGCCCAGGGCCCUGCCGUCGACAUGACGAUGCAAAAGCAGAAGGCUCCUCAGAAGGGUCCCAAUAAAGUGUCACUACUGGAGGCCAACAGGGCUAAAAAUCUUGCCAUCACUCUCCGCAAGGCAGGGAAGAGCCCAGAGGAGAUCUGCAAAGCUAUCCAGACGUUCGAUCUACGUACAGUGCCUGUGGAUUUCGUGGAGUGUUUGAUGCGGUUCAUGCCAACUGAAAGUGAGGUGAAGAUGCUCCGCCAGUAUGAGCGGGAGCGAAGGCCGAUGGACGGGCUCACUGAUGAGGACCGGUUCAUGAUGCUCUUCAGUAAGAUUGAAAGGCUGCCACAGCGGAUGACCAUCAUGGCCUUCAUGGGCAACUUUAGCGAUAGCCUGCAGAUGCUCACACCGCAACUGCAUGCUAUCAUAGCAGCAUCUGUAUCCAUAAAAUCAUCACAGAAAUUAAAGAAAAUCCUUGAGAUAAUUUUGGCACUUGGGAACUACAUGAACAGUAGUAAGAGAGGAGCUGUUUAUGGCUUCAAACUUCAGAGCUUGGAUUUGCUGUUGGAGACCAAGUCCACAGACAGGAAGCAGACACUUUUGCACUACAUAGCCAAUGUGGUGAAGGAGAAAUAUCCUGUUGUAUGCGUUUUUUACAAUGAGCUGCAUUACAUUGAGAAAGCUGCUGCAGUCUCACUGGAGAAUGUUCUCCUGGAUGUGAAGGAGCUACAGAGAGGUAUGGAUCUGACCAGAAGAGAGUACAGCAUGCAUGGCCACAACUCCCUGCUCAAAGACUUCAUCCAUCACAACGAGGCCAAACUGAAGAAACUCCUGGAUGAUGCUAGGAUUGCACAGGAUGCCUUUGACGAAGCUGUCAAAUUCUUUGGGGAGAGCCCCAAGACCAUGCCACCCUCUAUGUUCUUCCCUGUGUUUGUUCGCUUCAUCAAGUCCUAUAGGCAAGCGGAUGAAGAGAACGAGCAGAAGAAGAGGCAAGAGCAGCUGAUGAUGGAGAAACUUCUGGAACAGGAGGCCAUGAUGGAGGAGCACGAGAAUCAACAGUCCCCAUCUCACAAGGGCAAGCGGCAGCAGCAGGGGCUGAUUGCUGAGUUAAGGAAGAGACAAGGCAAAGAUAGCCGCCACGUCUAUGAAGGCAAAGAUGGAGCCAUUGAGGACAUCAUUACAGUGCUGAAGACCGUCCCCUUUACCGCACGGUCAGCCAAACGUGGCUCGCGGUUCUUCUGUGACCCCGCCCUCUCCGAGGACUUCCAUUACUAAACUAAAUUCUGUCCCCUCAGAAAGACCUGCGCAGUCAACCCUUCCGACGGGCCGAUGCCCUGAGGAGGAGCGGGAGAAAGAAUUUGGAGGUCCAGCACCUUCAGCUACACAACAUGGAGAUCACCACCUGCUAACCAAGCUUGAUCAACUUCUAAGGACAGAAGGUGGGGCAGUGACACUACUGAAAGAAAAGAACAAAACAAAGCACACUUAAAACAACGGAAGGAUGGAUAAAUGUGACUUUAAACAAUUCUGUUUACAUGGGAUCUGGCAUCUCAAUUUAAUGGACUGUUUUAAAGAAAGCAAGAUGAUGAAAACAAGAAGUGUAGAGUGUUGUAGGUGGACCAUAUUUUAGUUGUUUUUUGUUUUUUUUUUAAAGAAGACAAUGGGGGCAGUAUGUAAUUUCCAUUCCUAAAAUACAUAUUUUAGUUAUAUUGAUUUUAAACCGCUAAAAGGCUUCCUACCAGUGGUCAUCCUUCACAAAACGUAACCUCUACCACCUUUUAAUCAUAGGUAGAAAGCAAAAUGUUUUGAAACAAUUGAACAAUAUGAGCAUUUCAGUCAAAUGUAAUUCAUGCAAUAUUUCUGUUCAACUGUUCAAAAUCCAACCCACCGCAACAGUUUAAAAUCAGCCCAAUUCCGUGCCAAAAAUAUGGAUUUGGCAACCCUGCAUCCAACACAAGCUAAAUACAAGGUGAUUUAAAUACUCUGCAUAUUGAUAUGCAGCUCCUUGAUGUGUGAAAAUUAUAUUCUAUAUUAUAAUGUUUGUGGGAGCAGGCUUUAAUAAUAGGUUGUAAUAGUCUGAAAUGGGGAGCGGGAUUAAGAAAACAGUCCCGUGCACAUUUUAAAACAAAAAUGCACACAAUGACUGGCAACUGUAGAAAGCAAAAGCCAAAUCCCAGACAUUUUUGGCAAUUUAGAAACACAUUUUUUAGGUCCAAAAAAAGGACAUGUCCAAGGAAAAGAGGACAUAUGGUCACCCUAGUGUUGAAAGCAAUAUGUUGGCCUAUAGAGUAAAAUGUGGAUUCUACAAACAGGCAUUAGGAAGAAGACUGGUUUUAUGUUUAACUCUAUUCAGUUUUGUGACAUUGUGUAUUAAUGCACAAGACAGAGCAGAAAUGCCAAAGGAAGUCCUUGGAUAGGCCCACUUUUUAUUUUCAUUGUCAUUUUCCCUCUGGUUCUAAAACUCCAAACUGAGCAGCUUUUUCUGAGGGAAAGAUUUGCAAGAUGCACUUUUAAUUUUUUUAUUAUUAUUUUAACUCUGAUCAUCUCUAAACUGAUCUUUUGAUUAAAAAACAUGGAUGAGAUUCGAUCUUAAGCUGGACUUGAUACUGUAAUGCUACUGAGGAUUGCUCUCCUUUAGCAGACGAAAAAAUAACAUGAAAUGUUGAGAAAAUGUUUACUACCAAGCAUUCACAACCAGUGUGACAUUUUAUGUACAAUACAUCUCAUUUUAAUCACAGACUUGCUCUCCUUCUGGUUUUAACUCCUGUGACAUUAGUGAGCUGUGGAAAAGAGUUUGCUGUUUUUUUUAAAUGAAGACAUGUCAUUGGACAAAAAAUAAAGUCUUUUUUUUAAAUGUACAGAUAUUUUGCUACAAAAUUGAGCCUCUUAUUUUUUACAUUGUUAAUCCAUUGUGGUGCUGUACAUAUUGUUGAAACAAACGAACUUGUCCUGCAAGAUCACUGGAAUGUUAUUAACUUUUAUGUUGUUUAGUAUGACAGUAUUAUUUAAUCUGAUGGUGAAGACAGUGAAUCAACUUAUUGCUCUCUCGUCACUAUUGUUGCAUAUGGUAAAUGUCUGUGGUUGCACGUAACACUUGAGAGCUCAAACAGACACUAGUGGCACAUAUAACUUUUUUCUACUUUGAUCUCUUUGACUGGAAUCAGUGGUUGUGUGCAAAUAAAGCAAUGACACCAGCACAAUUAAA